UUGGAUAACGGCAACGUUGCAGGGGAGACACAUCCAAAACCAGAGGUGGGCUUUUUUUCCUUUAUGCAGCACGUAACAUGCAAAUUAUGAUACAUAAUCAUCAUCAGCUUAUGUCUCAAGGCUUGUUUCCAUGGAUUCCGCACUAUUUUCUCACCGCAUCUUUCCCAAAAUCCUUGCCAGCUCAAGAUUGCAUAGCUCUUUUGCGGCUCCUCUGAGCAUAGGAUUCGGACCUUAUUAUAGGCAUAGGUGGUUGAAUUGCACUUGUUGGGCUGUUGGGGUUUCUGGAACUGGUGCUGAAAACCUGUUUGACGAUCAUACUUUGGAGGAAAAUGAAAAUGGGUCUCUGUUGGGUGCCUUGGACGAGUCCUCUAUAGCUCCGUUUGGGACCGUUGAUGCUAAAAUUACCCCAGAAACCAUUGAUUUCUUUGUCAGUGAUGCAGAAGGUGAUCCUGAUCGCCCUUCUGAGGGCUACUCAUCGAUUGACCAGGCGCUUAAUGCAUUACGAGAAGGAAAGUUUGUGAUUGUUGUAGAUGAUGAAAAUGCGGAUAUUGAAGGAAACAUUAUCAUGGCAGCAUCACUUACAAGUCCAAGGGAUAUAGCAUUCAUGAUAAAGCAUGGGUCAGGGAUUGUCUCAGUGGGAAUGAAGGAGGAGGAUCUUGAUAGAUUGAAGCUUCCUCUGAUGUCCAAAAAUACUGAAUAUGUAGAUUCUUCUGCGCCCACUUUCACAAUCACAGUGGAUGCAAAAGCUGGCACAUCUACUGGGGUAUCUGCAUCAGACAGGGCAAAGACAGUUCUUGCUCUUUCAUCUCCAGAGUCUAAACCAGAAGACUUUCGAAGGCCAGGCCAUGUCUUUCCCCUCAAGUAUCGAAAUGGUGGGGUUCUAAGGAGGGCUGGUCAUACUGAGGCUUCUGUUGAUCUGGUUGUUCUAGCAGGCUUGCGACCAGUCUCUGUUCUUUCAGCUGUUUUUGAUGUAGAAGAUGGCUCUAUGGCCACUUUGCCCUACUUAAGAAAGUUGGCCUUAGAGUUCAGCAUUCCAAUAGUCUCCCUGACUGAUUUGAUUAGGUACCGGAGAAAAAGGGAAAAACUUGUUGAAAGAACUGCUAUUUCUCGUCUACCUACAAAAUGGGGUCUGUUUCAGACUUAUUGCUAUCGCUCAAAGCUGGAUGGAACUGAACAUAUUGCUAUUGUGAAGGGAAACAUAGGAAACGGGCAAGAUGUCCUAGUAAGAGUUCAUUCAGAAUGUUUAACUGGGGACAUAUUUGGGUCCGCUCGAUGUGACUGUGGAAACCAGUUAGAUUUAGCAAUGCAGUUAAUUGAGCAAGCUGGUAGAGGGAUUCUAGUUUACCUCCGUGGUCAUGAAGGACGAGGGAUCGGACUUGGUCAUAAACUUAGAGCCUAUAAUUUGCAGGAUCAAGGUCAUGACACGGUUCAGGCCAAUAUAGAACUUGGAUUAGCUAUCGAUGCCCGCGAAUAUGGUAUUGGCGCCCAGAUUCUGAGAGACAUAGGAGUUCAAACUAUGAGGCUAAUGACAAAUAACCCUGCCAAGUUCACUGGCCUAAAAGGAUAUGGGUUGGCUGUUGUUGGGAGGGUGCCUGUGCUAACACCGAUAACAGAGGAAAAUAAGAGGUACUUAGAAGCAAAAAGGACCAAGAUGGGUCAUGUUUAUGGUUCUGAUAUUCAAGGACCAUUAGCUGGAUUUAUGAGCCCAAAUGUGAAUAAUUUAGACCUACCAGAUAUGAAAAGCUGAAACGAUACAAACUCAUUCUGGACUAUGAAUGCAAUUCCUUCUCUACCAAUGAAUACUUCAACUUUUCCUCUUUUUUUUUCUUUUUUUUGGUGGUUAUUUACCAUUAAUGAUUAUUUUUUAAUGUUUGUAUACUAACAGCAAACAAUUCGAUUCAAAGAAAACUAUUCACAGCAAUGUAAUAUAUAUUUGAAAUCUUUUAGAGUAA